UUGGUGUGGGCUGUGGGCCCCGGGCCUUGGGUCCCGAAGCGGGAGCCGGGGGCGGGGCCGGGGCUGGGACUCCGUUGUCGGCGGGAGGAAGGAGGAGGAGACGGGAAGCCUGACAGCGGCAGCCUCCGCCAGGCGACUGCCGCCUCCUCCCCUGAGACUGCCGCCAACUCGGCUGUCGAGUUCCUGGGCCCACAGCCGGUAGCUGGGACGCGGCCCUACCCAGCUCGCGGGGUGGGCGCGGUGGGGCGCCAGUGUGCUGGGCUCGGCGCGGGAGGACGGAGUCUAGACGCCAGGAACGUCCCGCGCCCCGCCUCUCCCCACCCCCGCCCGAACCCCGGGGCCUGGGGAGCGCGAGGAGGUGUAGAGCAAGGCGGAAAACCUAGAAGUAAAGGCAUGACUUCCCGGCACCUCAGGGAAAAUAGGGUGCAAGCCCAGAAACUAUUUCCCCACCACCACUUGUUGAAAAACUGAUUUGAAGGCGUCUCCGGGUUUAAACAAACGAAAAGUGCCAGAAUUUGAUGUGUCUCAAGUUUUGCGCUGGAGACCCUUCACUACUAAGUAUCAAGAAAAAAUAAAACUGGAAACUAAUCCGAACCUAAUUCAAGAUCAAAAUGGAACGAUUUGUAGUAACAGCACCACCUGCUCGAAACCGUUCUAAGACUGCUUUGUAUGUGACACCCCUGGAUCGUGUCACUGAGUUUGGAGGUGAGCUUCAUGAAGAUGGAGGAAAACUCUUCUGCACUUCUUGCAAUGUGGUUCUGAAUCAUGUUCGCAAGUCUGCUAUUAGUGACCACCUCAAGUCAAAGACUCAUACCAAGAGGAAGGCAGAAUUUGAAGAGCAAAAUGUGAGAAAGAAGCAGAGGCCCCUAACUGCAUCUCUUCAGUGCAACAGUACUGCGCAAACAGAGAAAGUCAGUGUUAUCCAGGACUUUGUGAAAAUGUGCCUGGAAGCCAACAUCCCCCUUGAGAAGGCUGAUCACCCAGCAGUCCGUGCUUUCCUGUCUCGCCAUGUGAAGAAUGGAGGCUCCAUACCUAAGUCAGACCAGCUGAGGAGAGCAUAUCUGCCUGAUGGAUAUGAGAAUGAGAAUCAGCUCCUCAACUCACAAGAUUGUUGACAAGGAGGUUACCACCGUUGUGAUCAAGAUAAAUAAUGUGGAGUAUUAAAGUUAUGUGUUGAUUGUGUGGUUCAUUUUUAUAUUUAUUUCAUUUAAAAUCAUGUGAUGCAGAAUAGUUUUGCAAUGUGUAUAUAGUUGCAGGCAAAAAAAAAAGAAAAAGAAAAAAAAAACCUCACUGCAAAACUUAUUGUUAAUUUUAGUCACCAAUGGUAUAAA